AUGCCGAACAUCGAAAAGGAGAUGGUCGCUUGCUACAAAGAUCCAAAGGACUACCACCCGAGUGAGGACCCGAAGGACUACGUCUUUCCUGAUGUCUCUAAGCGAAUGCUUGUCGCCAAGGACCUCGUCACAGGCAAUGAGCUCUGGAUGGCUGUUCACAUCAACAAGAUGCCAGCAAAGGAUAACUUCAGGUUGAAACCAUCUUAUUACAACUCUCCGAUCAAGGACAAGCAGUCCACCGUAGUUAAGGCUAAGGAAAUCAAGAAGGACCAUUUGCUCAACGGACUGCGGAGAAACAAAUGGUGGGUUCAGACCGCGCUCACGAUCUACAAGAACAAGUACCGAGACUCUCUUUCGGAAGAGCUCAAAAGAAAGCAAAACGAAUUUAAGAGCAAGCGAGCCAAGCCAGCCAGGAUCACUAAACCGCAGCCCAGGAGCACCAAGAGCAUCAAGAGCACCAAGAAGAUCAAGAGAAUCAAGAGCAUCAAGAGUGAGCAGCACAACUCCGAGAUCACCGAACUAGAAGAGUUGCUCUUCGGCCAUAGAACUGGCGUCUCCGCAAGCGACUCCAAGGCCAUCGCAGCCGAGAUAGUCAAGGCAAGCAAAUUCAAGACAGCACUCCCAGCAUGUGUCCUCUCGCUCAUGAAAGAGACAAUGGCAGAUCUGGAGGAGAGGAUUAGGAUUAGGGAACUAGCAGGUGAUAUUUGA